CGAGGAAAAAUAUCAUUGCUGUAGCUAAGCCUUAUCCUAUGUCACCAUGCGUGGUCUGUUCUGUAUGCUCGCCUCAACCGCACGCUGUUGCUCAUCCUCGAUAUCCGAAGGCAAUCAUCUGAUGCUGACUCACAACGCACUAUCCUGCCCACCCGAAAUAACAUACGUGACGCAAACACGCUCGCCAAUGGUCUACUACUCGAGCAGCAGGCCUCCCCAACCACGACACGGCUGUGAGUCAAAGCCUUCAAUCUUGACAACGGAUGAAUCCAAGUGUCAAUUGGCAUAACGGCGUGCACUUACUCCGCUAAUAGCUCCGAAGCUAUUUUUCUGCGCGUUGUACACGGUACGAAACUGUCCUGCUUUCUUCGCCUCCUCAUAUUGAACUGUA